AUGUUUCAAAACAGUCCGAUGAUGUACGACUGGUGGAAUGACACCAGGCCAAAGCAGCCGACGAUUGGUGUGCUGUCGCCAUGGGGAGCGUAUUUCAAUCACAUUGGAAAUGAACUGCUGCAUCUGAAAAUCACAUCGUCGACGGUGUCGUCUGGAUGCUCAUCACCACUUCACCACUCGUCUGCUCGAUCUGUCGGCAAUUCACUUUCCAAUGGUAGUGUCGUAUCUACAACAUCUUCUGAUGGGGAUGUGCAGCUGUCGAAUAAGGAGAACUCCAACGACAAAUCGGUUGGAGACAAGAAUGGCAACACAACCAACAAAGCUGCUGCUGAACCAGCUGUUUCAGAAGAACCACCAGUUCGAGUGAGAGCUUCACACCGAGAGAAGUUAUCCGAUACAGAAGUGUUGGAUCAACUUCGCGAGAUUGUGAAUCCAUGUAAUCCACUUGGAAAGUACGAAAUGAAGAAGCAAAUCGGAGUUGGUGCAUCUGGAACUGUCUUCGUCGCUCAUGUCGCGGGAAGUUCGGACGUUGUCGCGGUGAAACGGAUGGCGUUCAAGACACAACCAAAGAAGGAGAUGCUUCUAACCGAAAUCAAGGUGAUGAAGCAAUAUCGACACCCGAAUUUGGUCAACUACAUCGAGUCGUAUCUGGUGGAUGCCGACGAUUUGUGGGUCGUGAUGGACUAUUUAGAGGGAGGAAAUCUCACGGACGUCGUCGUGAAGACAGAGCUGGAUGAAGGACAAAUUGCAGCUGUGCUUCAAGAAUGCCUCAAAGCGCUUCACUUCCUCCACAGACAUUCCAUAGUACACAGAGACAUCAAAAGUGACAACGUAUUACUCGGAAUGAACGGAGAAGUCAAGCUGACCGAUAUGGGAUUCUGUGCACAGAUUCAACCGGGAUCAAAAAGAGAUACCGUCGUUGGAACGCCGUAUUGGAUGUCACCGGAGAUAUUAAACAAGAAGCAAUACAACUAUAAGGUUGAUAUCUGGUCCCUUGGUAUUAUGGCACUCGAGAUGAUCGAUGGAGAGCCGCCAUAUUUGAGGGAAACCCCGUUGAAGGCUAUCUAUCUGAUUGCCCAAAAUGGAAAACCAGAGAUAAAGCAACGCGAUCGGUUGUCUUCUGAAUUCAACAACUUCCUUGAUAGGUGUCUUGUUGUCGAUCCAGAUAACAGAGCGGAUACAACGGAACUCCUGGCUCAUCCAUUCCUGAAAAAGGCGAAGCCGCUUUCAAGUCUGGUUCCCUACAUCAGAGCGGUCCGUGAAAAGUAG